CAGCUGAUUGCAGAACUGGUCGAAUUCCAUGGCGGAUCUUAUGUUUAGUAGCGCCAUAUAACAUUUUGAAAAGCGUCGUGAUGUAAAAGCUAGAUUGCCACAAACUGAAUACGACGACGAUCAAUAUUUGGUCUAUUUCUAUUGACAAACUCGACUGACAAACAUCAUCAUCUGUCAAAACAAACCAGUGGUGUCGGCUUACCAAUCUUCAAUUAUUUGAUAAUCUGGGGCGUCGAGUGAAUAACUUUUUGUUUACCCAGUCAUCCUCACACUAGUAACUAUCAUAAAAAUGUCCAGUCAACCAUGGAAUGAAUUCAACUUAACGCAACCACCAAUCAUAACAAUCGGAGUCAAGAAUUCCACACUCGAUCUACCAAGCCUUCGUAAAACGCUAGACAAAAUAAUUCUUCUUCUUGAAUCGCAAACGGAACUACAAGAAUCAGCCGCAUUUUGUUCCCGGCUACUAGCACGACGCAAAAACUCAUUUCACGUCUUCGAAGGAUUUCGUGAUUUACGUAAAGUCAACUCUGCCCUAUGCCGUCUCCUCAAAUUAGAUGUUGCUACAACUUUGAGAACAUUUGUUGGUAACUUACCCGAUUUCAUUAGAAGCGGAGGGCACGAAACCCAUCUGCCUUCGCAAGAAUGCUAUGACUAUAUGAUGCUCCGCAUGAUAGCACUUCAAAAACUAUAUAUUCGUGUCACUCAAUGCUGCUUGAAGUCUGCUUCCUACUUCUUAAAACUGAUGAGUCAGAACUACUUCUUUGAUAUCAUCACUGUUCUCAUAAGCACUUUGGCGCGGAUAUGGCUAAUCAGUCAUGAUAAUGCGAAACAAAUUGCGUCAUAUUAUAGAGAGCUUAUCAAUUACCGAAGAGAACUUCCGCUGAGACAGCAGCCAUUGUGCGAGGGAUUUAAAUUUCCUAAAAAAUUGGAAGCCGUCCCCGAAAUUGCUUCAAUUGAACUGAAAGAUCAAAUGAUCAAACAUUCUAAGAUCGCUAAUAAACGUUCUCUAACUAUGUUAGACAAUGAAGCAGCAAAUGUCCCUAAAAUAUCACUCUCGAAACAACCAUCUUCAUGCGAAAUAUCGAAACAGGCCUCAACAAGUUUCAUAGUACCAUCAUCCAGUGACCUAGAUUUGGGAGUUCCUAUAAGCAGAGGUAUAUCAGUUAGCUCUAUGGAAGACAUAAAAAGAUUGAAAACACUAGAAAGUAUAUCGAACUUCAUCAAAGAAGAAGAUAAGAAACGGAAAAAUAGUCUCUCCGAUUCUGCCACGAGAAACAUUUCGGAUGCAACUUGGAAGAUAUUGAGGAAGAAGAUAUCACAACUACCAUCAAACGACAAUCGAUCGGCAGUGAAAUUAGUUCGAAAUUUACUUGGGAAUAUUCGAUAAUAAAAUAUUCAAAACUAAAAA